AACAGCAUCAGUGCAAUUGAAUAGGAACAGUAGCCGAGAGCGAAGAGACCCGAGAGAGGGCGAGAGAGAGAGAGAGAGAGAGCGCGAGAGAAAGGCGAUGGCGUCGAGCGGGGCGGUGCCGUUUUGGAGGGCGGCCGGAAUGACGUACAUAACGUACUCGAACAUAUGCGCCAAUUUGGUGAGGAACUGCCUCAAAGAGCCCUAUAAGUCCGAAGCGAUCUCCCGUGAGAAGGUCCAUUUCUCCGUCUCCAAAUGGGUCGACGGAAAACCUGAGAAGCCCACCAUUCGAUCGGACACUCCUGCAGAAUGAGAGGAAUGGAGUUGGUUGCCAAGUUUCUUGGUGCCAAAGUUUAUCCAAUUUGGUGGAUAUGGUUGUGUGGAUGUAUAAUGUCUUAUCAUGGAAGACAGGAUCCUCUCCGACACUGGUUUUUGCUUGAGAACUUGUAAUAAUGUGUGGCACCUAUUGCUGAAAACCUAUUUACAUUCUGUGGCGAAUGGGAUUCUCAUCUUGCUUUGAAAAUGAUCAAUAUGCCUUGCCUGAACUUGAGUGAGGAUGAUUUCAUUCUUCCCUUCAAUGGCUAUACAUCAGUUUUGCUCA